GCAAUUAGAAUUACCACAUUAUAUUGAAAGUAAUAAUAGGGAGCAAAGACAUGCAAGCGCAUUCAAAAAAUGCUUAAAGUUGGAUUACAUUUCGUAAGCGAUAGAAUGUGAAAUAUGCAAUUAAAGUUGAAGCCAAUAGCCAGAUUACUCAGAGAAGGUGAGAAGCCAAAUACGAAAGAUGGAGUGUUUGGUACAUCUAGCUCUAGUCAAAACAAUUAUUGGCGGCCUUUGGGACUAGGAACAACGAGAAUGGUAUCUUCGUUGUUUUUGGUCAAGAUUUCCGAAUCAGAACGGGGGAUCUGAACAGGGGAUGUGCAGAAGGGGCAGCGGGUGGCAGCCAAGGGGAUUUCUUUGCAGCAGAAUGCACAGUCCUUGACAACAACUUCAGUCUUGCGGCAAAAGGCAGCAGUGUAGGCUUUGACAAUGAAGAAGACGAUCAGGGAAAUAAUGAUAAAGUUGAUGACCAUCUGGAUGAAACGACCAUAAUUCCAUGUGACGACACCGGCUUUGUUAGCAUCGCCCGAGGUACCGAAUCCAAGAUCUCGGCAGUUGGUCUGGUUUUUAGGACAACGCAAAAUGUAAAACAUGUUUUCCAAGUUGCUCUCAGUAGCAAGACCGAUAAGUGGGGUAAUGAGAUCACCGACAAGCGAAGUAACGACUGCUGUAAAAGCAGCACCCAUCACAAGACCGACAGCAAGAUCGACGACAUUUCCCUUGUUGAUGAAUGCCUUGAAGUCAUCAAAAACAUUUCCAACAGCCUUGACGCUCUUGAAUGCAGCUCCCUUGAGUUUGGAAGAGUUGCUAGUUGCUUUUGGAGUGGAGCUCAUUUUUUAGAUGGAUUCAAAAGAAAAUAAAACGGAUUACAAAGUCACAAUUAG